CAGCGACCCUUCAGACGAGGGCUGCGACGGUAAAUUAGCUCGAGUUUUUCCGGGAUGAAACGAUGCCCUCCCUCUGCUGAAGACGGUGUCUGGCAGCGAUGAGCUUGUGAAUAAAUUUGCCACAGUGAUAACUUCGCCGUGACUGGGUUAUGAGCGAGCAGCUGUGUCACCAGGCUGUGUUAUUGUUGUUGACAGGCGUGCUCACGCAGACCAAAGCUAACGCUUGAUAAGCUGAGCUCCACGGCUCACCCUCCUCUUUCCUCGGGGCUGCCGGCUUACAAGACUCUAGCAUGCCAAAGGAGGCAGAUCACCUUGAGGGUGGUGGAGACAAGGAGUCGAAGGAGGAGAGGGCGCAGGAUGCUUCCGAGGAGACAGCGAGCUCUAGGGUCCGGGCAAAUACUCCGAGCCCACACAGAGGGAACACCCCACAAGCCAGUCCCCCCAGAUUUGUCUCUGUGGAGGAGCUGAUGGAGACGGCUGAAAGAGUCACCAACAUGGCUUUGGCUCAUGAAAUAAUGGUCAACCAGGCUUUUCAAGUCAAACCUGCGGAGCUUCCUGAGGGAAGUUUGGAACGCAGAGUGAAGGAGAUUAUGCACAAAGCAUUCUGGGAUUGUUUGGAAACACAGUUGAAGGAGGAACCGCCAUCUUACGGACACGCCAUCAAACUGCUCGCUGAGAUCAAAGAGACACUACUGUCUUUCUUGCUCCUGGGCCAUGGUCCCCAGCGCUCCCGUAUCGAGGAGGUUCUGGACCUGCCUCUAAUCCAGCAGCAGGCUGAGAAUGGAACUCUCGACAUCGGUCGUCUUUCCCAGUUCAUCGUUGGGAUGAUGGGCUCGCUGUGCGCCCCCUGCAGAGACGAGGACAUCAAUAAGCUAAAGGAGAUCACAGAUAUUGUGCCUCUUCUGAAGGCUAUAUUCUCAGUUCUGGACCUGAUGAAGGUGGACAUGGCUAACUUUGCUCUGAGCAGCAUCAGGCCUCAUCUGAUGCAGCAGUCUGUGGAGUAUGAGAGGAACAAAUUCCAGGAGUUUCUGGAGAAACAACCAAAUGCCUUAGACUACACUGAGAAGUGGCUUGAGGAUACGGUGAAAUGCCUGAGAGAGGCUGAGGUGGAUGGUUCCAGUGCUGCCUCAUGUGAGCCUCCAUCACUCCUCCCGCUUAAUGUCCAUAACCAUGCCUAUUUACGCCUGCUGAAGUGGGACCACGCCUCAGACCCCUUCCCAGAGACGGUGUUGAUGGAUCAGGUUCGGUUCCAGGAGAUGCAGCAGGAGGCUGAUCGGUUAGUUCUGCUCUCCUCUGUUCUCCUCAUCGUCUACACUACAACAGGGGAGGCCAUCUCGGGCCUGCCGGGGCUGAUGGACACUCUUAAAAACACUGUCAACGCCAUGCUUGCGGACAUGUACACACCGUCUUUCAGUGCACAGGAGGCCUUAGCGACCAUCGGAGAGAAACUGUGUGUCGAGCUAAGUCAGUGUCUGAGCCAACACGGCUACUCUCCAUUCUCUGCUGAACGAAAGAGCAUUUUAAAGGGACAAAUCUCUGCCACCGUCCGUCCAGACAACACAGUCCGCAAGCUGAUGGACUCUAGGGUUCAGACCUACCUCCUGGCUUCCCUGGAGUCCAGUCAACAUAAGACCCCUCCUCCGCUCCCAGGAGGUCUGGCUCCAGUCAGCAGGGAGCUGAAGGAGCUCGCUGUUCACUUCAGUCGGCUCGUCAACUUCAACAAGCUGGUCUUCUCCCCCUUCUACCAAAAAAUUCUCCAGAAAAUACUGACAGCAGGAGAGAGUCCCGGCACGGAGAUGUAAACACUGCAGCGUGGAAUAAGAGUGAUGUGGAAAGUGGUCUGUAGUUUUGCAAUGUACCCUCACUAGUAACAUUUAAGAUUUAGAGAAAAGAGUUGAGGAUGCUCAUCUGUCAUCAGCAGAGAAAAGCCACCUUCCUAGAGCGUGCACCUCAAACCGACAUAAUAAAAAAAAACAAAACACUGGCUGUCAUCUCAGUUGCAUUAACUCACAGUGUUGCUUAUUUGAUAAAUCUCAGGCCUCGUAACUGUGACCUCGCAAUAGUUAUCUUGCAUAAACUUAUUUUCAGUAUUGUUAGUGGGGUUGGGUAUCAUCCAGCAGUUUGAUACCCGUGCCAAUUCAAUACCUAUGUUUUAGUACAAAUGCUAAAACAAGACUUAGUAUUAUGGUUACCAUCAUUUGCAGUAUAGUAUAAACAUAUUUCUUUCUACAAAAAAACUACGGCUAAGUACAGUAUAUAACUAACAAAAGAACGAAGUAAAUUCUAAGAUAUCUAAAUAAAGAUUAAGUCUACCAGACAGGGAUGGAGGCCAUCUUAUAUCAAGUGUCUCGGGAAAUCAGUCCUCACUGGUCAACAAUUUUCAGAGCAAAGCGUAUUUAUUUUGCUUUUGGGCCUAGAAGUGUUUUAUCAACCUUCCUAACCCAGGAAAAAGCCCCUAUCUCUGCCCAUAUUUAGGAGAGUCACAGAGGUGUCCCAACCUGUCAGGAGUUACCAGGAGAUGGCGUUCAGGCAGAGACAUGCAGGUACAUUCCAUAAAGGAUCUCUCCUCUGUGGAAUGUACCUACAUGUCUCUGAAACGUUUGAUGACAGUGAGCUUGUUAAAAGAAUAUUUCGACAUUUCGGGGAAAAUGUUUAUUAGCUUCCAAACUGAGAAUUAGAUGAGAACAUAAGUACCACUUUCAUGUCUGUCUGGAAAAUAAAUAGCCAUAGCCAGCAGUGGAUUUGCUUAGCGUAGUGUAAACUCUGCGAACAGGAAGACAACAAGCUUCGUUCUGUCAAAAGGUUAAAAAUCAAACCACAAGCAAAUCUAAGGCUAAUUAACACAUUAGAUAUGAAUGUUGUAAUCUUCUCUGUCCCCGCACAAAUUUACAACCAGGUACUUUGGCAGUAAUAAAGCUUAGCUUUGAUUGCUCAGCAGCAUCUCAGAUACAAUAAUGUUCCUCACCGCUCAGAGUGAAGCAUUGGAAAAACCAGCUGCAUUCGUGAAAAUGAGUGGUUUAAUUACUUAUUAUGUCUUUGGAAGGAUCAUGGUAUUUGAGAGUUGUGUUCAGAGAGAGUUCAGAGAUUAAAGUCGUUUCCUAGGUUAAGAACAUUCUUUUCUUAUGAAGAAAGUAGGACCAGACAGACACUGCUCAUUAAAUUUUUGACCGAGACUGAUUCCCUACAGUUGGACAUUUGAUAAAUACAAAUUCUCUCCGAGCAUUCAAUAACAGCUUUCAGUAGAUGACAAUUUUCAGACUCUAUGCUAUUGACAGAGUUUAAUGGAUGCUCAGAAAGGAUAGGUAGUUAUAUAGCACAUACAGGUUAAAAAGAACAAACAAGACAACAGAUGACUGCAUGCUGGCUUUUAUUCUACAACUGUAGGGAAAUACUUUGACAGUGGAUACAAAGACUCUUUACGCCGUUUAUUUUUCUUUUUUUUUUUCAGGUUUUAAAUCAAAUAAUUCUUAUUCGGGCUUAUCAGACUAACAGAGCUCCGCAUCUUUCACAAAACAACUAGUUAUCUCUACAUUUCCGUGAAUGUAUUGAUAAGUGAGUUAAAGAGGUGGUGGCAUGCCAAUAUUUUUAUUAUUUAUUUAUUUUUAAAAUCUUUGGACAGGAUCAGGUUAGCUGUUUGGCCAUGUCCCGCCUUUAUACUAAGCAAAGCUAACUGACUCCUGACUGUCGCUUCGUUCGUUGUGUACAGACAAUGGAACUGAUCUUCUCGUCUAGUUCUUGGAAAGAAAGCAAAUAAGUACAUUUCCCAAAAUUUUAACCAUUUAUUUAACAGACCGUAGCUUAAAACCCCGGUGGCCUUAAACAUGGAUGUUGAAAGUCUCUCUGAGGGCCUGAGUAUUUGUACUGACUCAUAAGUGAUUAAAAGAUUUGCAGUGCAGCAGAGACCAUGACCAGUGUCUAAAUGUUAUCAUUGAAUUCAUAAAAAGUCGGUCUAAAAAUGAGUAGUGCAGUCCAUAAUUUGUGAAUCACCACUGCAGUGUAUCUUCAGCUUUUUAAACUCUGCCACACAAAAAUAAGAACAUAACGGGUGUGUGGACUUUUUAUAUCCACUGUAUGUACACAAAUAAGAUACUUUCAGAUGAACGUGACCAGACCAGAAUAAGUUGUGCUGAUGGGACACCAGACUGGUGUUAUGGACCAACUUGAACUGUUUAAUUGUAACUUAGUUUUUUAAAUUAAGUUAACUUAUUUAUAACACUCCCGAUGGUUUAUAAGUUUAUAAGAUGUUUAGAACAUUUACUUUUGACGAACAUUUUGCUUUUGGGUCUGACAUUUCUAAUGCAGAUUUUACACACUUGCCACAGGACGGUUACAGCGGCUGUAACAUUUCCUGACCCCUCCAGGCAUAAAGACAUCGCUUGUUCCCCAAAUGAAUAACACAUGUUCAUUGACAACACAUCAACUCCACUGAUAUUUGCCUUUGAAUGUUCAUCCAACAUGCCAAUAAAGCAUUGUUUGU